CCAAAAAGAGAACAUUUUGGUGUGGCCAGCUAUGAGAGUAAAGCUCAAGUACCAGAGACCAAGGUCCCAAGUCAAGCAGAUGGAAAAUCUAUUGGAUCUUGUCACCACACAGAUUCCACUGAUUUCACCUCUAGGCUGUAUCCUUGAUGAAUGGAACAGGCCCAAAGAAACCCUUCCAACCACCAAGAUGGCUCAGACCAACCCUAUGCCUGGGUCCUUGGGGCCAUGGAAGAUAACCGUCUAUGACCAGGAGAACUUCCAGGGCAAGAGGAUGGAGUUUACCAGCUCCUGUUCAAAUGUCUCUGAGUGCAGUUUUGAUAAUGUCCUGUCCCUCAAAGUGGAAUGUGGUGUCUGGAUUGGUUAUGAGCAUACCAGCUUCUGUGGGCAACAGUUUAUACUGGAGAGAGGAGAAUAUCCUCGCUGGGAUGCCUGGAGCGGGAGCAAUGCCUACCACAUUGAGCGUCUCAUGUCCUUCCGACCCAUCCAUUCAGCUAAUCAUAAAGAGUCUAAGAUUACCAUCUUUGAAAAAGAGAACUUUAUUGGACACCAGUGGGAGAUCUGUGAUGACUACCCCUCCUUGCAAGCCAUGGGUUGGUUCAAUAAUGAAGUUGGCUCCAUGAAGAUACAAUGUGGGGCCUGGGUUUGCUACCAGUACCCUGGAUAUCGUGGUCAUCAGUACAUCCUGGAAUGCGACCAUCAUGGAGGAGACUAUAAACACCGGAGAGAGUGGGGUUCUCAUGCCCAGACUUCUCAGAUCCAAUCUAUUCGCCGUAUCCAACAGUAAUGGAUUAAAACUUCCAAUAAGAGAAUUCCUCAAUCAUGAGACCUUGCUAAGCCCUGUUUUAUGUUCUGCUCAGACACUGCUUCCAAACGUUAGCUGCUGAAAUCCACAAUAAAUGUCAUUUAAAAAAAGGAAACAAAAACUUUGUAGACUAAAUUAACUAUCAUUCUUUAUACAAAUCACAUUUAAGUGGCUGAGAAAUUUUAAAGAUAAACUUUAAUAAAACCCAAAUUCCUUU